UAGCAAAGGCUAGUGGACUACCAAAUAUAGCAAAUAAGCGUUAGCUGAUUACGCUUUCUGCCAACUAAUUAUUUGGUUAAGUAGGCUAAAGGAAAUAGUAAAAAUGACUUGGCUACCGUAAAAACUUAAGAGGAAGAUUAUUUUAUGGUCGUCUAGUGCAGCUGUAAAUAGCACGAAAUGGGAUGCCUGCUUUUUCUGACUUCGCGCAGGUGGACCGUGGAUGAGUCGGAGCCAGAGACUGUCAAGGCCAAGAGGCACCACCUCCCACCCCAGUGACCAUAGACUGUAGCCCCUACUGUAUUUUGGUAAUCAGGAAGUGACGCAAACUGUACCUCAUUGGUCCACAACGAACAUUAUAACAGUGCCCAAAUGACACAAUAAAUCAUGAAAUCGACCCAUGGACAGUCAUGAGAUGAAUAAAAUACACAUAUUGUGACUAUUUGUUCUUGUGAGAAAAAAUUACUGACUUUGUAUUUUGACCGCAAAACACCUAUAGCCUACUGGAGCCAACCGCUAUGGCGCUAGUGAACAACCAGGAACAACAAGACCAGGAAAUGAGCUUCAAAAACGAAGUCUGGUUUUGGCCGCUUGGGUCAGUUCACUGGGACCACUGCUUUUGACCAUCCGUGCCAGAUGAAGAUCGAGGCGAGUCCGCCGUCCGCAAAUAUGACGUUCCGGAAGGCUGUUGCUGAAGGCUAGUUUUCUACAGUCUAUGGUUGCUGUCUGUCCUUACGAUGACCGGAUUGUGAACGCAUUGAGGGACUGCGAUGCUAUUCGAGCGGAGUAUUAGCACCUGCGGUAGUACAGAACUGCGAAUUGAUUACUAUUGACUGUCGAAUUUGCAAAGAGAAUAGCAACCAUUCGACUUUUAGGAAUAUUGCGGGCUUGUUGUGCUUCACUGAAAAUGGAGGGUUUUCUACGGAGCAGUAGCGCUGCCGUUAAGCGCGGCUCAGAGGAGCACUCUGGGUUCCACGUCGUCCUGGGAAAUGAGGCCUGCGAUGUGGACUCCAUGGUCUCUGCCCUCUCGUUUGCAUACUUCCUGUUUAAGACAUCAGGCUCCUCUGGGAGGAUGCCGGUUCCGGUCCUAAACAUCCCACGGGCCAACUUCCCGCUGCGGACGGACUCCGUCUUCCUGCUCCGGGAGAGCGGGUUGUCCCAGGAGAACCUGGUGUUCCGGGACGAGGUUGACCUGCCAGGGCUGCACCACGUGGGCCGGCUGGCGCUCACCCUGGUAGACCACAAUGUGCUGCCCAGUACUGACAGUGACCUAGAGGGGGCAGUGGUGGAAGUAAUCGACCACCACCGGCUGGAGAGAGCGCCGUCCCCCUCUUGCCCCGUAACUGUGGAGACCGUGGGCUCCUGCGCCACCUUGGUCGCUGAGCGCAUCGUCCAGAAGGCUCCGGAAGUUCUGGACCGACAGGUGGCGCAGAUUUUAUACGGCUCCAUCAUCCUGGACUGUGUGAACAUGGCGCCCGAGGCGGGGAAGGUCACGCCCAAGGACAGGCAGUAUGCCCUCGCGCUGGAGUCCCGCUACCCCGACCUCCCGCCCCGGACCCCCCUCUUCCAGUCCCUGCAGAACGCUAAGUUUGACGUCUCGGGCUUCACAACAGAGCAGAUGCUGCUGAAGGACAUGAAGGCAGUGUCUGGAGGAGAUCUGAGGGUGGCCAUCAGUGCGGUGUACAUGACCCUGGAUGCUUUUCUCCAGAGACGCUUUCUACAGCAGGAGCUCUGUGAAUUCUGCCACAAGCACUGCUUUGACCUGCUGGUCGCCAUGACAAUCUCCUUCAACGAGAACAGCGAGCCUUUCCGCCAGGUGGCUGUCUACAGCUCUAGCACCCUCUACAGGGAGGAGGUCAGUCGAGCGUUGGAGCGUGCCCAGAACCCCUGUCUGAGCCUGUCGCCCAUGAGCAGCCCGUACGCGGACGUCAAAGCCUACCUGCAGGGGAACACACUGGCCUCGCGCAAGAAGCUCCUCCCCAUCAUCAUGGACUUCCUGUGCGACUGGGAGCAGCGGUCAACUCGGCGCGCAGGGAGCGGGGACAGCGAGGUCCUGGAGGAGGAAGAGGAGGUGGAGGAAGAAGAGCCGGACGAUGGCCAUGACUCCUCGCGCUCAUCCGGCGUGGACGAGGACGCCCGGACGCCGCCACGGUACUCCGCGUCGCGGCGGCGGGGGGCGGGCGGAGUCGCAGAGGAAGAGGAGGAGGAAUGCGGCCUGGUCCCGCCCACGCCCAUGAACAGCCUGGUGGAGGGCUGCCCCCUGGACAACGGCAUGGCCCCCAUCAGCCACCAGGCCCUGCUGGAGAAGUUCCGCAAGAUGGCCGCAGCCUCCGAGGAGGUGGCUGGGGAGGAAGGGACGUCUGAAGCGCUCUGAUCCCCGCCAGCCAAACCCUACAGGCACGCUCCUUUUUUUUCAGCGGAUGCUGUGAAGCACGUCAUCUGUGUCAGGGUUUCCUGGGUUGGACCCCCGGGAGCCGAGCUGCCUGGUAAGGACACAACCUUGAGGAAACUGCUGAGCCGUAAUGGCGUCAGGAACAACUUUCCCGUUUUACAAGGACAGCCGGAGGGAAUGUGGCCAUUUUGGCUCCUUCGUGAACAUGGAACACCCAUGUAACUGAUUAACAGUGCAGUGAUUUCUCAUAUUUUUUGUUUCCUUAAAUUAAUUUUUCUCCAGCCCGGUGUCGAACGGGCCCUUUAAGAUGCCUGGGCUCGCAUUUGUCUUUUUAGGGAGAGGUGGGAAUAAGACAAAGGGGAAGGGGAAUGUGAUGCUGUUCUGCCCUGUGUGAGCCUGCUGUACGUCUGCCCUGAGUGAAAACUGAGUUCAUGGCAAUCAACAACUGGGAUUGGUAGGGUCAGUUUUGAUUGGCCAAACCCAUAGGCCACUCCCCUAAAGCACAAAAAAAAGAAAAAAACGUUGUUGGUCACUCUGGAAACUGAUCUAAUUUUCAGGGAAGAUGAGACUGGAAUCUGGCAGCUUUUGCGCAUUGGUGACACGGCGACUUGUACUGACACACAGUACAGACCUUGUGCGCAACGAAAUGCAAAUCACCUCAUAGUGAAUAAUGUCAUUGUUAUUUUGUAGUGUUUUGGCUGACAACCUUGCCCAGGGAGACGUUUGCUUUGUUAUUAACUGGCAUAGCAUGGGUUUUAUUAAUACAUUGUGAAAAUAUUUCUGAAAAAUAUAAUUUAUAUAAUUCGUACUGAAUGUCCCUUCUACUCUGAUGUCAACAUACUAGAAUACAUGGUUCUUCAGAUUAAGACCAGAGACUCAUGUCCCCUACAGGGGACAACAAUGUGUUUCCUGGUCUAAGUAGGAUAUUACAGUACAGGACGUCCGUUGGUACUGCGUUGUUUUUCAGAAUUAAGGAUGUAGUUUCAUUGACGGAGGCAAAAACAAGUCAAGGUUGAUCCUUUCACUGUAACCAACAGAGUUCUAGAACUCUUAUGUCAAAGGGUUAAUUUUGAAAAAUUCUGCCCCAGCAGUAGAACGUUCAGUUAAGAACAUUCUAAGUGCAUAUUUGUGAUCUGACUACCUUUAAAGGGUUAAUAACACUGAGCUCAGCGUCUGACGAGGCUACAGGAUCUGUGCUGGUAACUGCACACCUUUAACCCCCAACGGCAGCUGGUCAACACUGCGACGUACCUGUUUCCAGGGAUACCAGCACUGCCCUCCGUCCUGUGAUGGAAGUGAUGCUAACGGACAAAAUUUAUUAUGUUUGCUGUGGAAGCAGUUAUUAAAUAUGUUCUUUUCAUUGUAGUAAUCACACCGUUUUAUGUUUUUACUUUGUGAUUGUUAAAGCUGUUGUGUCUGUCAUGCUGUUGCAUGUUCACAUGCUGUUGCAAAGCCUGGCAAAAGUAGCUUUCAUGAGAAGAAUUAUGUUUUUUUUUUUUUUUUUUUCAUAUCUCAGGUUGGGUGGUCAGCAUCACUACUGUUUAUUUCAAAUUAAAUAUUUCAGCAUGCUGCCCAUUUUAUUACAUCGUAGUCCAAUCUCUAAAUAAGGUCAUGUAAUUAGAUAUGAACUUAUACAAAUACCAUUGUCUUCUUGUUAUACCCAAGAUUGCAAACAGUCAAACAACUGCAGUUGAGUUGUAACAUGAUUUAGUACCUGCAUGAAAGGUUGUUUAAAUUUCAUAUUGAGUUAAAAAUAGACUUCUUAUGGUGUGAGUUUUAAUUUUACUGCUGUAAAAUGGAAUUAAUUUCCUUCACCCUUGGACUCAACCUGUGGACUCAACUGAAUAUAAUGACCCUGUUAUUUCCCUGAUAUCUCGUGAGUAGAUUAUAAAUGAGCAGUUAUAUCUCUCCUUGAGGGGGAAAAAGAACAGUUUUGGGGUGCAGUUUAAUCUUUACUCAAAGCAGAAACUCCUCAGACAUCAGUGCAUUUAAGACAGAUAUUUUCACCUCAUACAUUUCAGUUUUAUCACUUUUUGGAAUGAGAAAUGUUUAUGUUCGCUGAGGAACAACACCACCUGUAUGCCCGUUUUUCAAGGAUCUCCAUGUUCAGCUGAGGUUGUAUUAGAACACCUUGUGUAAAUAGCAGAUCUGUUUAAUAAUCUUGAAUAUUAGUAAAUAUGCACUUGAGGCUUAGAUGAAAAUACAAUAUUGUAAUAUGGUUUAUUUUUUUAUUUACAUUUUAUUUUAUUGAGGAUAAAUCUAGUUUAAUUACCUGGUACGGAUUUGCAGUGUACAGUUUAAUGUGCCUAAUUUGUAACUAAAGGACAUAUUAGCAUGUUAUGGUAAUUGUCCCAACUGUCCCCCCAAAAAAAAUCUGUGUUCUUUGUUCACUCUUCAGUGUCGGAUACUGCAGUUUACUUCAGUGCAACCGAGGUGCAAGACUUAACUAAUGUACGUGGGUGUAUCGUUUUGAUGUAUCGCUAACCAAAUAUUUAUGCGUGCCAAAAAUCAUCAUGCCAGUGUACACGUCUUCCAAAUACGAUUAUACUUGUCUCUCGCUUGCUAAUUCCUUCUGUCUGUCUUAAAUAGUUCCUUUGUAAGUCUGGCUCUAUUACUGUUUAUCGGCGUUACUUUUAUCUGUGCUCACGGGGACCGUUGCUGCGACGCGCUAUGCUAGUUCGGAGAUCGCGCUCGGCCCUUUUAUUCAGGGUUGCCAGAUUUCGGAAGCUGCCUUCCCAACAUUAAAAUUUUUUUUUUUUUUUUUUUAAACUGGAGGUUUGUAUCAUAAGAAAAUGUGUAGGAGUAUGUGGAUGACUAGGAUAUUUUUUGAUUAGCAUGUGUAAGGACAGCUAAUCUGGCAACCUUGUUCGCGUGACCGAAUUCAAGGCCGACAGCAUGUAGCAAACAUUGGAGGACUGGAGGCGCCUGGCUUCAAGCGUUUUGUAAGCACGGUUAAAGUGUGGAGUUGUCCUGGCUUGAAUAUCUUUUCUAUACAGUGCCGCGUUGUGCCCACUCACUAUAGCCAUUCUUUUUGGUGGAUAAAUGACGUAACCAGCAUUCCCCCCGUGAAAGGCUGUAAGAUUUAUAAACAGGGUAGCUGGAACUGCGGUGGAGUUUUUGGGUUACGUGGCCCAGGACAAUCAAGAUGAAACUGUUCUUAUUUGUACGGAUAAAGUCACUGUUUGCCACUGUUGGUUCCUGUAUGUGGGAAUGCAAGACCAAUAAAAUGUUGAGAAGCACAGUUCUAUAAGAAUUUUA